CAAAGUUUUAACUUUUGCGGCAAAAGACAGCAGAAAGUGAUGAUAAUGUUUUAUUAUCUCAAUGAUCGUCUUGUGCAUCGGAAUGAAAUGGUGGCGUUUUAUCAAUAGAUUUCAAACAUUCAACAAUAUAAUCUCUAAAGCAGUCUGCCCAAGUUAGCAAGGACGACGUGGGAAAUUCAUCCUAUUUGAACGACUUUAUCCUCAAGAUUUGCAAGGUUGAAGAAGCGGAGUUAUCCCUGUAAUAAUGGGUAUUGAAUCUCGGCUAAAUUAAUCUGGGAUUUCAUCUAGCAUGGUUUCGUUUUAAAACAGGACAUUUUCAUUUUAGAGACUAUUUUUCAGGCACACAGUUUGCAAAUUUUGAAGUUGGGCUAAUAUAGGCCUACCUCCAAGGAAACGUGUAUUAUUUUGUCUGUUUGAUGAGCAAAACUUUGCAUUAUCACUUGAGAGUGUGAGCAUUGCGGGUAUUUUUGUUGUUGUUGUCAAAACCGUCGCAUUUACCUAUUCUCGGUUAUGUUAGCCGUGGGGCAGAUGGACGGGUCCAGACAGAGCGCUUUCCUCUUAAGCACCCCACCUUUAGCAGCUCUGCAUAGCAUGACGGAGAUGAAGACCCCACUCUACUCAGCCUACCCGUUAUCUUCCACCGGGCCGGCCUCUUCUACCUCACCUGCUGCCACCUCUCCAAACCCCGGUGGCAUCCCGGUGUCCUCACCGGGGAUCAAAACAUCAUCCGGAAUGUCAUCUCUCGGAUCCCCCCAUCAAUUCAGCGCGCUAGGAACACCUCAUGGAAUAAACGACAUCCUCAGUCGUCCCUCGAUCCUCUCCCCAGGAGCUGCUGCUGCCGUUGCUGCGUCCUCUUCUGCCGGAAUCUUGUCCGGAAUGCCCCGCUUCAGUAGCUUGAGCCCCCCGCCACCCCAUGGGCUCUACUUCAGCCCCAGCGCUGCAGCAGUGGCAGUGGCUCGCUACCCCAAGCCGUUGACAGACCUUCCAGGCAGGACCCCGAUAUUCUGGCCAGGAGUCAUGCAAAGCCCACACUGGAGAGACGCCAGAUUCGCAUGUUCACCCCAUGCUUUAUGUUUUACAUUUUCAGAUCAGAAUUCUGUACUGCUCGACAAAGAUGGAAAAAGAAAGCAUACACGUCCCACCUUCUCUGGACAACAAAUAUUUGCCCUGGAAAAGACUUUUGAACAAACGAAAUAUCUCGCUGGGCCGGAGCGAGCACGAUUGGCCUACUCGUUGGGAAUGACAGAGAGCCAAGUGAAGGUGUGGUUUCAAAACCGAAGAACGAAAUGGAGAAAACGGCACGCGGCUGAGAUGGCUUCGGCAAAGAAGAAGCAGGAUUCUGAGACCGAGAGGCUGAAAGGGGCUUCGGAGAACGAAGACGAUGAUGAUGAUUAUAACAAGCCGUUGGACCCUAACUCAGACGACGAGAAAAUAACACAAUUACUGAAAAAACACAAACCAAACUCCUCACUCCUUAUUCAUACGUCAGAAAACGACAGUUCGUAGACAGACACGGUGGAAAAAGACUUUUGAUGCAACAUUUCAAAGUGCAACUGGUGCAGGUUGUCCCUUUUCUCGUCCAAAUUUUGAAAUUAAUAAGUUUGCACGAGGACGGAGGACGCAUGCCAGAUCAAAGGAAGAGACGCAAUUUUGUAGUCUGGAUCAGUGGCCAAAACAUGGACUCUUCAAUUUAUAGAAGUUUCAGCAUUAAGAAGAUGGUACUUACAUGUAAAUAGAAACGUGAGUUGUAUUAAAUAGAGAUUAUAUUACUGUGAAUAUUUAUGUGUAAAAAAAAAACGUUUUUUGUAUCAAGCACUGCUGAGUUCCUUCCUCUCAGUUCUGACGUCUGACAUUGUUAUAGCUUUGUCAAUUGCUAAAAGCAUAGAUUAUAUUCUCAUCUUCAUCUUCAUUUUCGUUUUGUUUUUGAAACUUGAAAUUUACAUUACAUUUCAUAGUGAAGUGAUAAGAUCCACCUGUUUAUAGGCCUCAAUUUUCAACCAUUAUGGACUCCGAGAAACAAUAUCAGAACAAGCUUAACAGGCAAACCUAUUGGCUGAGUAUAAGAAGAAAAAAAAAAAAAAUGAAAUUAGCCACAUAUUUUACGUGUAAGAAAUACUGGUUGUGACACAAUUGAAGUACAUUUGUAAUAUACAUGCAUACUGUUUGUCUCCCUAAUGGUAAACUGUUUCCCCCCCUCAUGUUACUUAAUUUAUAUAAUGUUUUAAGUUUGUAACAGUGAUUGAAUCCUGCAUAAAUGUGUAGGCCUAACGUUACCGCAGGUUCAUAUGUAAUGCACUUUUAUUUAAUAAAAUAUAAAAUGCAUGAAGGUUGCUUUACUCUGGACAUAAAACAAUUAAAUGUUGUUCUCGGCAGCAAUAACCUAAUGGAGAACAUAAUGAAAAAAGCAUAGGGGGAGGGUCAAGUAAUGUAUUACAUUUUGUUUUAUUUUAUCUACCUAUAGGCCUACAUUUCUAUUUGUGUACAUUAACGAAAGACAUUUGAAGAUUUAAAUAGGCUUUUGAGACAUGGUUACUAUUAAUCUUAAUGAAGGGGUUAUCUCUCUUUAGUGCUUUUAUAUUUGUUUAUGUAAACAGUGAAUAUAUGAAUUAUUAUUAUUGUUAUUAUUAUUAUUGCUGGUGAUGUCAUGCCACGUUUCCUUCCAAGACAUGCUAUGAUAUAGGCAAAUCUAUUGUUGUAGGCCUAUAACCACGCUAUAAUAAUAAUAAUAAUAAUAAUAAUAAUAAUAAUAAUUUAUAGUAAAUCAAUAACAGUAUUAACUCUGCAGUGCUUUUAUAAAAAAUAUUCUGCACUCUUUCCCUAGAUUACUGAAUCAUAGAAUAUAUUUUUUAAAAUAUCGAAUAAGUAAGCCUAGACCCCAGAGGGUACGACUAGUAUGGACUUGCAUUCACAGCAUCGUAUGACACCGAUAUUAAUGAAUUAUAAUUGUGUAUCUAGCUGAAAUUAUUCCUCGUGCGAUGGCGUGAAGAUGGUCGAUGGGUAGAAUAUUCCAACAGUCACAGACAGUUAAAACAUGGCCUGAAAAGUUCAUAAUCAAUUUAUCUGUCGAGGAAUCUAGAAAUUCACUCCGCAGUGUCUAUGCUUUCAGAUUCGCAUGAUUACAUCAGCAUGUUCUUUUAAAAUUGGAAAUCACUCAACCGAUUCGCAGCUCUAGUAAAUAUUUAAUUUAUCAGAUGUGGAUCUAAGUAAGAUGCGGCAUUUGCCAAGUCGUUUUGGAGAGACUCACUGUUAGUAAAUGCUAGAUUUGAGACUUUAGCCUAUUGAGCAGGGUGUGUGAUAGUGUCAAAAAAAUUUGGUCUAAGUUAUAUAUCCUAGGUCUAGAGAUAAAUGCACAUUUUAAAAUCUAAUCGGCAAUUUUAUUGUACAUUUCCAAUAUGGUAGGCCUAAUAGCAGCCUACAUUUAUAUAAUGACCAUUUUGAAAUAAAAAUAAGUUCAGGACACUGAAAGAACACAACGAUGUCUCUCAGUUAGAUAUGAUUUCGAGUGCAGAAAUGGUUAGUUACCCCGAUGUAAGCCUUUACGAAAUAUCUGCUCCCAGACAGAAGGACCUGUAGCUUAUGGAUGCACUAUGACGACAGUUAUGCAGUAAAUGGUUUGUAGACUUGAAAGGUAGGCCUAUGCGUGCCAGUAGAGGCUGCUAUUUGUAUAACAUUCUAAGUAACUUUUCUCAAUUAACAUCAUGUUAAAAAUGUGGUGGCAGUGUAUUUUGGUUUACCACUUUUUCUGUCCACUUUCUCUUUGAAGAUGUAGCACAACUACAACU